CUCGGAAACCGAAAGUAACGCCGCGACCGUUUCGGUGCUCCCCGGCUCUGCCAAAGGCGGAGCCGCCAACGGCAGCGCGGCGCGGGGCGGUGCGGGGCACCGAUGGGCUCCGUGUGCGUGAGCUGAACUUGUGACGGCUGUGGCUAACAGAGCGCUGCGUGCCCCCCCCCCCCAUAUGUGUUAUUGUGCUGUUUGCAGCGCGGGGGGUGCUUGGGAAAUAAAGGUGUUUCGGGGUAGGGGAUAAGGGAAAUCGGGGCUUUCCGGCAUGGGGAGUGGUGGUUUAGUAGUUAAUUUAGGAGAAAGCUUCUGCUCUGACCGUGGGGGGGUGUGGGUUGUGUGCCCCCCCCCUUAGAUUGCUGCCAGGGCAGUGUCCUUGCACAGCAGUGCUGCAGAACCUGACUGCCCAGCUCUGAGCCCUCCGGGCACUGCAGGUGCCUCCCCAGUAACAUUGGAACCAACAGCGGCUCCUCCGGAGCUGAUCCGUUCUGUCCUGCAGUUGGGUCUGACACACACACACACACACACACACACACACACACACACACACACACACACGCAGCCGUUGCAGUGGCGGAUGAACUCUGGAGCUUUGGCAAUAAAUCGUGUGCUGCUGACACGGUGCUGAGCUGCAGCCCCGUGUUGGCUCAGCCCCGCUGGCUGCAGGCACCGCUGCGCUCCCUUUGACGCAAGCAGAGCAUCUCUCGACUCGUGGGAAGGGAGGUGGGAUACCAGGUGAGGGGAUGGCGCACCUCCCCCGUUGGGUUUGGCUGCUGACUGCUUCGGGGUUCUCCAAGGCAGAGGGGAAGGCACGCAGCCCGCGCUGGGCUGAGCAUGGUACGUGCGUUCCCAUUGCAGCCCACGUCUCCUCUGCUCCAAAACAAGCAGCGUUGGCAGUGCUGUUUCACUCCAUUCCUACCAACCAGCAUCAGUGGGAUCCCCCAGCAGUGUGGGGAGCUCUGCAGGCCCCCCCUUAUCCCCCCCCCAUAUCUCGCUGGGGCCGUGGGAGGGGAGCAGCAGUGCUCCCACCACCUCCUUAUAGGACACAGCUGACAGUGUGGCUCCUUCCCCCGCUCCGAGGGGAGGAAAGGCCGUGGUUUCCUUGCCGGGGAGCUCCGGGUGCCGCUGAGUUGAGUGGUGCUGUGAGUAAUCGCUGCUCGUGACUCAUGGGAUAUUUUCUGAUGCUGACCUCUGUUUUUACGGCUGCCCCGCUUGGUCGGAGCUGAGUGAGUGAGAGCUGCUGUGUGUGGUUUAACCCCUUGGCUCCCAUGUGCCGGCCUGGAGCUCUGUCAUAAACCGGAGGGGUUGUAUGGAAAAUCAAAGCAGACCACAGCACGGGAGAGACAGGCGUGGAGAAGGGAUGUGUGUUAUCAGAUGGAGCGAGCAGAAUUCGUGCAUCUGGAUGGUCCUGAGUAAUGCAAACUGAGGGUGGCGUUGCAGUGUAAAUGCAGCGUGGGUGCGAUAUCGGGGCGCUGCAGUGUAGUGCAAACAGGUGUUGGUGUGCGUGGUUUGGUGCUCGUGCUGCAUGCGAGUCCCCGUGUCCUUCUGAGCCGGGUUGCUCCUGCUGGUUGUGCUGGGCUGCUUCACCCCCUGUGCUUGGUGUUGAGCAUUUAGGAGGCACGGAGGUGUGCUGUGCUGGGUGGGUUCUGUGUGUGGGCCCCUCUGUGCAACCGGUCCCGCCUGUUGCAUGCAGGAGAAAGAGAGGUGUGCUGCUGGAAAUCCCAGCUCAGCUCCACAAUCUGCGUGCACCAACCCCUCCGUGCUGAGCAGCCUGCAGAGCCUUGAACCUUCCAGGCAGACCUUUGGCUGGUUGCUCUCUGCCCUGCAUUGAAUAGAAUUCCCUAAAGGAUAAGUGCAAACCCGCUGGGCCGUCCUGGCGCUGCAGGGCAGUGCUGCAGGUGCCUCUGACCGCCUCCAUCCCCAUCUUCCAGCAUGGGAACCUCAGGGCUUUGCUUUGCCCUAUGAGGGACAGUCCCAGCUGGGGGGGGGGGGGACAGGGAUGGGGACAACAGAACAGUGUGAUAAGGCCGUGCUGUUUGUGCAGGUGGAAGGGCACGUGGGGUCUGUGCUUUGUUUUUCUGUUCCUGUUUGUUUUUCAUGGGUUUUGCCCCUGCUUCAUCCAUCUGGCGGGGCAGCAGAGUCACCAGAGGUGCCAUGAUGAUGCAUGUGGCAGCAGCCUGCUGGGGGGGUUGGGCUGUGUGAUCCCCAGCCGUCCUCCCAACCCGUACAGUUUGGUGAUCCCGAGUGUCACCCUUACAACAAAACACAACUGUAGAGAUGAACCCCGUGAUGCAGUGGUCGGAGGCCCUGCGCACGGCUGGGCUCAGAGCUCUGUGUUUCCUAAGGUCUCUUCCAACCCAACCGUUCUAUGAUGAUUGUGUGAAUGGCAAACCUUAUUGAAGCCUUGCGGCGAGCAAUGUCUGCCAGGGGAGGGUCAGGGUUCCUAAUAUCCAGUGUAAGGAAUAGAUUCGUGUCCCAGGAGCAGUGAUGUGCUGUCCCAGGAGCAGUGAUGUGCUGUCCCAGGAGCAGUGAUGUGCUGUCCCAGGCUGCCCAGCUUGGCGUGGUGGGGUCACCAUGCCUGGAGGUGCUCAUGAACCUCAGAGAUGUGGCACUGAGGGAUGUGCUCAGUGGGCAUGGUGGGGCGGGUUGGGGAUCCGAGAGGUCUUUUCCAACCUUAAGGCUCUGAGAUGGGUUUAGGAGCACCGCUGUGUGGUGUAUGGACACCUGCAGGGGUGCCCUGUGCCCACCAUCCCCAGCCACGUGCCUUUCCCCUGCUGUGCUCCUUGGAGCUGAUGGCGAGCAGCAUCCCUUCAUGCGUGGGCUUCCCCUCUGCUUUUAUUCGGGGGGGGAAUGGGGGGGCUGUAUGUGAGCUGGUGGCUGAAAAUAUCUAUCUGGAAGCCAACGUUACAGCGUUUUCCCCUCCGCCCCGUGACUCACACGGCUGUACCGGGCGGCUCUGCCCACGGAGCCUCCCCACGCCCUGAGUAAUUGCCCAGCAAUUCGUUGUCGGCGGUGGCGGCGGGGUUAGGGGAUUUUCUCUGAUUUCAGCCGGGCUGUUGAUGCAGCUUGUUGGGAAGUGUUUGCGGGGAUGAGUCAUUAAUUAAAGAAACUUCGCUGGUGAAGAAAAGGGCUUGAAUGCUCCAGCGGACUUCCUAUUUCUCAACAGCCCGUUCUCAAAAGCGUUCCGAGUGGCGGGAGAGAGCUGGCAAAUCAUCGACUCCGGCAUUUCGACUGCGCUCGGGUUUCUCAGCUGCCUGGCAAAUAAACAGCAGCAAAUGACAGCGUUGGCACGGGUCCGGCCCUGGGUCCAGCCCUGGGUAGGGCUGUGCCAUGCAGCAUGGCGUUGGGUGCUCCCAGAGCUGCCCCUUCCUCCCCAGGGCAGCUUUGCUCCUUGCCACCUUCGGGGCAGGGGUUGCCAGGAGGGACAAUGGCUGCUUGUUUGGGUCUCACAGUGGCUUUUGUUCCAGGCUGGGUCCCCGUUGGAUGCUGUGUUAACCACGAGUUGGACGAACGUGCGUCUCUUCUUUUUUUCCCCCCUCAGUAUUUCUAUAUGCAACCUAAAAAUAGUUCUUUUGUAUUGCAUCUUAAUGCCACGUGACGCCGCUUCUCGUGCAACUGAGACCUCUUUGCAGCCUUCCAGUACUUGGAGGGAGCUCACGAAUGGGAGGAGAGGGGCUUUUUUUUUGUGGGCAGAUAGCGUUAAGACAAGGGGGAAUGGUUUAAAAGUAAAACAGGGGAGAUUUAGGUCAGAUAUGAGGGGGGAAAUUCCUUACCCAGGGGGCGGUGAGGCCCCGGCAUUGCCCAGAGCUGUGGGUGCCCCAUGCCUGGGUGGGCCCUGGACAACCCGAGCUGGGGGUGGUGCCCAGCCCAUGGCAGGGGUGGGAAUGGGGGUGCUUUGGGGUCCCUUCCAACCCAACCAUGCUGUGAUGCUGUGGUUCUGUCAUCUUUGAGAGCCAUUCCAACCCAACUAUUCCAUGGCGCCGUGAUCCUUAAGGUCCCUUCUAGCCCAACAGUUCUGUUAUCACGUGGUUCUAUGACCUUUAAAGCCCCUUCCAACCAAUUCCAUGGUUCUGUCAUUUUUGAGAUCCCCUCCAACCCAACCAUUCUGUGAUUCCUAUGGUUCUAUGAUCCUUAGGGGCCCUUCCAACCCAACCAUGCUGUGAUUCCUAUGGUUCUGUGAUCUUUAGGGGCCCUUCCAACCCAACCAUGCUGUGAUUCCAUCAUCCUAUCUAAAAACGUAACUGGGAAGACAGCGUAGCUGUUAAAGCUGGUGUUAUUUGCAAGGAGAUGAGCGGGGAUUCAUGUCCCUGCCUUUGGCCCGAGCUCCACUAAUUCAAAUUUAUCUGCCUGAAAUGCACCCAGCGGUUACGUCCGGACGUAGCGCUGAAAGCUUUUGGUGUGCUGGGGGAAAUUCGUGCCACCAAACGCAGCUCCAGCCCUUGUCCUUCAUGGCAGCCUAAAUGUAUGUGGAGAUGAUUAUCCUUUCACGUCUCAGCGUUGUGAGUGACUUGUGUUCCUCCUGGGAGUUAGGCAAAAUAUCUUAGCUCUUGGUAUGCAAGAUUUAUGGGAAAUGUAAUCGCCCUUCUCCCCAGACAUCCAUAUGUCUACUUUUGUACUCUUCCUCCUUUCUUUUUAGCUCUUUCAUAAUGCCUCCCUUUCUUUUUCUUGCUGCUUUGAGUUCGCCUCUAUCUGUCUGAUGAAAGCUUUUAGCUGUAAUGAUGCAGGCAAGGACCAGAAGCAGGAUGCUUUCUUCCUUUCCCAGUGUGUUCCUGCGGAUUGAUGGUCGCAAGGUAUCUCGGCUUAUUUAAAGUAACUGAGCUUCAUUUAUUUUUCUCCUCCUAACAGAAGGAUCUGCAGAAGGAAGAGUUCAUAUCAGAUAUCUGAACGUAUUAGGAACGUAAUGCAUCAUGGUAGUUAUUAGAGAUAAGGCAACGCUUCCUCUGAGGAGGAACAAAAAAUAAACCUGAAUAUACGGUGAUGCUCACCGCACACUUCUAGAGAUACCGAAUAGAGUAGCUGCUAUUUUUAGGGGGUAGGAAGAAGGUAUGUUUUACAGCAGGAAAUGAUGGCUGUAUAGAUAGGAACGGAUCUAUGAAUAACGCAAACGUUUGCCUUAUGGGUGAAUGAGUGUUUCCUAAAUGUCUUCACGGCAAGGUCUGCUUGGUGCCAGACCAAAGGGAGUCCUGAGGGUGGGUGAAUGAAGCAUUGGGAAGUUUGUGUGAACAAACAAGGAGACCUACAGAAAACCCUGAGUGUGUUUCUUUGUGUAGAAUACAUAAAAGCUGUAAGAGCUUUAACACUCUGAUUGAAAGCCUACUGUAGGAUCAUUGAGGUUGGAUAAGGCCCCUAAGGCCCUCUGGUCCCACCGUACUCUGCAGCAUGAAGGGCAGUUUCCUGAGAUUUGGGCACUGCAGGAGAUGGGGUUCAGCUGUGCUAACAGCACCUUUCUGACCCAACAGUGAGGCUGUGCCAUGAGUUUCCAGCUUCGCCGAUGUCCGCCAUGGAGUUGGGAAGCUGUUGGGCUUCAAGCAGAGGUGGCAGUGAGUUUCCUGCUCUUCUUCCUUGCUCACCUUUACCCCCAGCAGUUUGCAGGUGUCCUUUGAUGCCUUGGUGGCAGGAGGGACCUUGGAGGUGUUGGGGCAGAAGAAGUGGUUGGUACUGGGGUGAUGUGGGAGGGGGUCCCAAAACCUCAAGCCUUCUCCUGCAGAAUUAAAUGUAACUAUGGAAAAAGCAAAGAGUCAACAAGUAGAAAAGCUGUAGCGUUUCGAAGAAGCCCGUCUUUAAAAAAGGAAAGAAAUUUCUUUUCAGUCCAUGUAAACGAAGUGUUCGGAGGCUCAGUGCAGCUCUGGGAUGGCUGUUUGCUCUGACCGGCGGUAAUUCCGAGCUCAGCUUUACGUGCAGGUUGGAGUUCCUGGCAGCAGGGAGGAUGGCUGCUUUCCAUUCUGUGCUCCAGUUACCGCUGGAUGGGAGCGUUGUUUCUUCAUUUACACACACCCGUGGUUGCACAGAGGCCUGGACCUGGUGCUGCUAUGAGAACUACUCGUACUGAUGUCUGCUUUGUGCAACCAGAGGGUCGUCCUGGCGUGACUGUCCGUGUGGGUAUUCCUUUAGGCUCUUCUGCAGGAUGUCUGCGUGUGAAUAUAUUUAUACAGCCCCCCCUACUUGCUAUCAUGGGAACCAUUCCCUCUCGCAUUCGUGCGGUGUCCGUAGCAACAGUUGUAAUUGCUGUGUGCAAAGGCAAAACGGUUUUAUUGUGGUUUAGGUACUGCAGUGAAAGUGGGAGUGCUGGUGGCAGCCAGACCCACAGCUGUCUUGUCUACAAAUACCAGGGCUCAUGGCAUACAGGAUUACCUAGAUGAGUUUGGAUUUUCUUAUCUAAUCCCUUCUUCGUUUCCUCACUUAAGGGAACAGCAGUAAUUGUUUUCAGGGAAGGCUUUCUGUCCUCACCUCCCUUUGGCAAGAAGUUUGCUGCUUCAUUUGUUGGUGUGGAAACUCAGUGUCCCCGUCCUGCUUUGGGAUAAAAUCAGAUGAUAUUAAAAGUCUAUCCAUACAGUGUGAAAUACUGCUUGGAACAGCUUUCCCUUUUCCUUACUCAGAUUGUAACCAGUGUGAGGCAAGACCUAAAAAUGCAAAGUGGGCACGGGUUAUGAUUGCAGCAGCUGGAAGUGCUUUGGAGGUUCUGCUUUUCACAGACCUUUGUCCGCCACUGUGUGCAGGAUGUUGGAGGUGGACAUACUGUGGGCAUGGAUGCUGUGCUGGGGGCUUCUUCUAGGCAGGGUGUAAAUGAAGGUGAGCCCUGGGGCACAGGGUUUGGGAUCGUGUCCAUGUAUGGAUGCUGUCCUGUUCCUGCAGCAGCUUGGCCUGCCUGCCUUGGUGUCUGGAGGAAUGCUUAUCAUCCACCACAGAUGGAGGAAACCUGAGGGACAUUAGAGAAGCACUUGUCCUGCUCGUCUUCUGCAAGAUUGAUUGGCUUUUCCUAAUCCAUCUUUUUGAUCUCUGCUAGCCAUCUUGUCCCCAGCUGUAACAUCUUCUCCUUUGGAUUUAUGGACGCUGUCUGCAGAGAGGGCUACAGCUCCAGGCAGCUGAGCUGUGCUUCAAACAGGGGCUGCUGAGACUCACUGCCCUCGAUAGGCAAAUUCAAUAAGAUCACAGCACUUAUAGGUCAAAGUCUGGUGAUCAGAACAACUCCUGAGUGCAGCCAGUGUAAACUUGGAGGAGAAGUCCUCCUUCUACUGUGCAAAUGCCCGACCUCAGCUUGCUUGCUCUGCAGAGCUGGUAAUGGUCACCUCGCCUGUUUUGGGAGAGGAAAUGAGGUCUGGUAAGUCAAAGGGCCAGUGGGCCCUAAAGGUGAGAACUGCUAUUUUUUUUGUGCAGUGGUUCAGUGUGGGCAGUCAGCCCUGUGUUCCUAUCUGUGAUAAUUAGAUAAGGAAUCUUCACGUCCUUUGCACGGUGCUUUGAGAUCUGCUGAUAGAAAAUGCACAGACUUUCUUUUCCCCCCUCUUACCACACCCAGGAUUUAAAACUGUAGUUCUCAUGGUUUGAGCUAUUUGCUGCCUUAAGGAAUUAUCCCAUAACAGUGCCAUUAAGAUCUCCUAAGAGAUGUCAGCUUGAAAUAUAAAGCAACCAAAGCAGCCGCACCUCAUGCAGGAGGUGUUUGCUAUGACGUUUCCUCCUCCGUAGCAGCCAGCUGGUGUUGUGGCACCAACAAAACCACUGGGGGUUUUCACUCCUGCUCCUAUAGGGCGUUAUGCAAAACCCCCUGAUUCAGUCCUUCCAGUUGUAGUGACGGAUGGAGAAAUCUGUGUCAGGGCUGGAGCUGCUCACUUGUGCUGCUGAGGCAUCUCCACUGCUCCCUAUACAAAACUGGGCUCUUAUAAAUGACUUUUGAAAAAGUAUCUGCUUUCUUUCCAUUAUUUUUCUCAUGAAAUUUCUUGGCAAAAACUUGAAUUUUCUCGGGGAGCUCACGUUUCAAUUUUAGAUUGAAUAUUGAGGUUGAAAAUAAGAACCUCUUAUUACACAUUUCAGCCAGGCAGCAUUGGCUGUAAUAACUUCUAAGGUAUGUUUUUUUUUUUUUUUUUUUUUUUUUAAACAACAGCAAAACUUGUUACGAACAGCUCUGGGUACAUUCAGUUCCCAUAGACAACAUCUCACUGAGAGCACGCACUGAGGAGAUAAGGCCUCACCCCAUGGAGUGGUGCCAUUCCUACGGCCCUGCGGAUCCACACUGGGGCCUGAGAGCCCCUCAGGCUGUAUGAUCUUUACUGAGCACAGCCCGGGCCUGUGGUCGGCAUGUCGGGGCCAGGGCCUACACAGUACAGUGAGGCCUUGGCCUACGCAGUAUUGGAGUCAGGGCCUACACAGUGCACUGGGGCCUGGGCCUACACAGUACAGUGAGGCCUUGGCCUACACAGUACAGUGAGGUCUUGGCCUGCACAGUAUUGGGGUCAGGGCCUACACAGUGCACUGGGGCCUAGGCCUGUAGGAAGCAUGUCAAAGCCUGGGUCCACAUGGCAUGCCAGGGCCUGGGUCUACGCAGCACACAAGGGCCUAGGCCCAUGUGCUCCCUCAGCAAGGGAGGGAGAAGGGCCUGGAGCCAGCGUGGGGGUGAAUGGGGCUCCACUGUGGUCACGGCUCCAAGCUGCUGAAGCUGAAAGAGCAUUUGGACAGCACUCACAGGGGUUGGGUUUGGAUUUUGGCAGGUGCUGGAGCCAGGAGUUGAAGUUGGUGAUCUGUGUGGGUUCUUUCCAACGUGGGAUAUUCUAUGAUUUUGUGAUGAGGAGCUUCAGACCAAGAUCAUAGAAUUGUCAUAGAAUGGCCUAGGUUGAAAAGGACCUCAAAGAUCAUCUAGUUUCAACCCCCCCCCCACUGUGGGCAGGGUUGCCAACCACCAGACCAGGCUGCCCAGAGCCACAUCCAGCCUGGCCUUGAUGAUGUGCUGCGCUGUGCUGGUCAGGCAGGGCAGGAGGCUUUGUCAUCAGGAACUGUAGCCUGGCCCUCCCAACCUGUUCUCCCAAUUGGCUUGCAAACAGAGCAGGUUCAAGCUGCUGCCCCAAGCUCUAUGCGUAUAGGUCCCAAAGCAGUGCCUUUAUUUGUAAGAGUUGUGGGCGGUGCUGGUGGUGUGCACAGGCAGCUUGUGCUCAUGGUGAGAUUUCUGCUCACCUUGACUCUGGCUGUGUGGGAGUGCAAUGAUGUGAGCACAGGUGGGAUGGCUGGCACUGGCUGAAAGCUAUCUUUGUUAAAUCUUACCACCAUAGCAUUGAAAUGGAGCUACGAGUGGCCUCUGCUUACCUAUUGUUUCUUCCUUCCCUCCUCCAUUUUGUGCUUUGAACAAACAUUAGGAGAUGGUCUUUGCAAGACUUGCAUGAGAUUGUAGGAGCUUGUCCACCCGGACAAAGCAUAUUGGAGAGAGUGGUGAACUUGGACAAACACCAUGAUGCUGCUCAUGAAAUCAUUGAGACAAUUCGGUGGGUCUGUGAAGAAAUCCCAGAUCUCAAGCUUGCUAUGGAAAACUACGUUCUAAUUGACUAUGACACAAAAAGCUUUGAAAGCAUGCAGCGGCUGUGUGACAAGUACAACCGCGCCAUCGACAGCAUCCAUCAGCUGUGGAAGGGAACCACCCAACCGAUGAAGCUGAACACUCGUCCCUCCAACGGGCUCCUCCGGCACAUCCUGCAGCAGGUUUACAACCACUCGGUGACCGACCCCGAGAAACUCAACAACUACGAGCCCUUCUCCCCAGAGGUGUAUGGAGAAACCUCCUUCGACCUGGUGGCCCAGAUGAUAGAUGAGAUUAAAAUGACAGAGGACGACCUCUUUGUCGACUUGGGCAGCGGUGUGGGUCAGGUGGUGCUUCAAGUGGCCGCAGCCACGAACUGCAAACAUCACUAUGGUGUGGAGAAAGCUGACAUUCCAGCCAAAUACGCUGAGACGAUGGACAGAGAGUUCAGAAAGUGGAUGAAAUGGUAUGGGAAAAAACAUGCAGAAUACACACUGGAAAGAGGUGACUUCCUCUCAGAAGAAUGGAGAGAGAGAAUUGCAAACACAAGUGUUAUUUUUGUGAAUAAUUUUGCCUUUGGUCCUGAGGUGGAUCACCAACUGAAGGAGCGAUUUGCCAACAUGAAGGAAGGUGGGAGAAUUGUGUCCUCAAAACCUUUUGCACCUCUGAAUUUCAGAAUUAACAGUCGAAACUUGAGUGAUAUUGGCACUAUAAUGAGAGUCGUGGAGCUGUCACCACUGAAAGGCUCUGUGUCGUGGACUGGGAAGCCAGUCUCUUACUACCUGCAUACUAUUGACCGAACCAUACUUGAAAACUAUUUUUCUAGUCUCAAAAAUCCAAAACUCAGGGAGGAACAAGAGGCAGCUAGACGUCGUCAGCAGCGAGAAAACAAGAGCAACACGACUACUCCAACGAAGGUUCAAGAAAACAAGGAUUCUGGUGCUGAAGAAGAAAAAGCUGGGGCAAAUGCUGUUAAAAAGCCAUCUCCCUCUAAAGCAAGGAAGAAAAAACUGAGCAAAAAAGGAAGGAAAAUGGCAGGCAGGAAGCGAGGGCGUCCCAAGAAAAUGAACACUGCAAAUACGGAGCGUAAGACCAAGAAGAACCAAACUGCACUAGAACUUCUGCAUGCUCAAACUGUGUCACAGACAUCUUCAUCCUCUCCUCAGGAUGCAUACAAGUCACCUCAUAGUCCAUAUUACCAACUACCUCCUAAAGUGCAACGGCAUUCAUCCAACCAGCUGCUGGUGACACCCACCCCACCUGCACUACAGAAGCUGCUAGACUCUUUUAAGAUCCAGUACAUGCAGUUCAUGGCGUACAUGAAAACUCCUCAAUAUAAAGCAAGUCUGCAACAGUUGCUGGAGCAGGAGAAGGAGAAGAAUGCACAGCUACUGGGGACAGCGCAGCAGUUGUUCACCCACUGCCAGGCACAGAAAGAGGAAAUCAAACGUCUUUUUCAGCAGAAACUCGAUGAGUUGGGAGUGAAGGCUCUGACAUACAACGACCUGAUUCAGGCUCAGAAGGAAAUCUCUGCUCACAAUCAGCAGCUGAAAGAACAGACCAAACAGCUGGAGAAGGAUAACAGCGAACUCAGGAACCAGAGCCUGCAGCUGCUGAAGGCACGCUGCGAAGAGCUGAAGCUAGAUUGGUCCACGCUGUCACUGGAGAACUUGCUGAAGGAGAAGCAGGCUCUGAAGAAUCAGAUUUCUGAGAAACAAAAGCACUGUUUGGAACUGCAGAUCAGCAUUGUGGAACUUGAGAAAAGCCAAAGGCAGCAGGAGCUCAUGCAGCUGAAAUCGUACACGCCGUCAGAUGAGUCACUGUCAGUGCAGCUACGGAAUAAAACCCACCUGAGCCGCGAUGCUGAGGCUGAUCAUGGCAGGUUCCAGCUGGAGCUCGAGUGCUCCAAGUUUCCUAUGCCCCACGUCAAUGGCAUGAGCCCCGAACUGUCCAUGAAUGGCCACGCUACUCCCUAUGAGAUUCACAACACCUUCAGCAGGCCGUCCUCCAAGCAGAACACCCCUCAGUACAUGACCUCUCAUCUGGACCAAGAAAUAGUUCCAUGUACCCCAAACCACAGCAGGCAGAAGGCGGACAGGAUGGCGAGCCUGUCCUUACCUGAUUAUACCAGGUUUUCCCCUGCGAAAAUAGCACUAAGGAGACACUUGAAUCAAGACCACACAGUCAAUGGAAAAGCAACAACGAGUGAGAUACAGAGAGCUGACCACGUCAAAGAGAACGGCCUUACAUAUCCAAGCCCCAGUAUUUCCAAUGGCAUCAAGCUGAGUCCUCAGGAAACUCGGCCCUCUUCCCCAGCGGCCUUACCGAUUGCAGGCGAGAAGGUUUUGAGAGAGAGAACCUCUGUGAGUAAUGGAGAAACUAUCACCAGCCUACCCAUCAGUAUUCCUCUCAGCACAGUGCAGCCCAAUAAGCUCCCUGUUAGCAUCCCUCUGGCCAGCGUAGUUCUGCCUAGCCGUGUUGAGAAGGUGAGAAGCACACCUAGCCCAGUUCAUCAGAACAGAGACUCAUCGACACUUGAAAAGCAGAUUGGUGCUAGUUCUCAUAAUGGUGUAAGCAAUGCUGCUGGAAACAAGCCACUGGCUUUGGCUACCUCAGGUUUUUCUUACUCUUCUGGCUCCGUGGCAGUCAAUGGAAAUCUUACAAACAGCCCAGCCCAUCUUAACCAUAGUGUUGAUCAGGCAGCUCUGGACGACUCCGGGAGUCUGUUUAACUCAGUAGGGUCUCGGAGUUCCACUCCACAACAUCCUUUGCUAAUGAUGCAGUCGAGGAACUCUGGGCAAAGCUCCCCUGCUCACCAGCACUCAGCAAGCCCCAGGUUAAAUGGCACCUCCCAGAGCCUGGUAGGGGGACUGCACUAUGCAGAUGCUCAGAAGAUGUUUGCCGAAGGAACAAAGGGGGAUCUUCAGUCUGAUGCAGCAUUUUCAGAUCCUGAGAACGAGGCCAAGAGAAGAAUCAUCUUUACAAUCUCUCCUAAUACAGGACAUGUAAAACAAUCCCCUUCCACCAAGCACAGCCCUCUGCCCGCGAGCGCUCGGCUGGACUGCGGCCCAGCACACGGGCAGGACGGGAAGAAGCGCGGCCGGCGGAAGAGAUCCUCCACUGGGAACCUCAGCGGGGGCUCCGGGGUCUCCCCCAAACGCAAAUCCUUGCCCGCUGUGUCCGGACUCUUUACGCAGCCAUCAGGUUCACCGCUCAAUAUCAACUCCAUGGUCAAUAACAUUAACCAGCCUUUAGAAAUAACAGCCAUUUCCUCUCCUGAAAACUCCCUGAAGAACUCUCCUGUUCCUUACCAGGACAACGACCAGCCCCCGGUACUGAAAAAGGAAAAGCCCCUCACUCAGAGCAACGGCGUUCAUUACUCCCCUCUCACGUCAGAUGACGAGCAGGGAUCUGAAGAUGAGCACAACAGCACCAGGAUCGAGAGGAAAAUUGCAACGAUAUCGCUGGAAAGCAAAUCUCCACAGAAGACUGUUGAAAAUGGUGGCAGCUUAUCUGGGAGGAAACAAGCACAACCCAACGAGAACAUGAACAGCAGCAAAUGGAAAUCUACUUUCUCACCAAUAUCUGACAUCAACCUGACCAAAACCACGGACAGUCCCUUGCAGUCUGUGUCUUCUCUGAGCCAGAAUUCGCUGUUUGCCUUCAGGCCGUCCUCUGAGGACAGCCUCGCCAUGGAUGCCAAGAUGGCACACGCAAGGAAAGGCAUGGCCAUGCCCUCGUCGGGGGCAGACGGGCUCAGCCCCAGCACAAACCCCACCAACGGGUUCGCCUACAACGGUGGGCUGUCGACUGACAUUGGUUUACACAGCUUUAUCGAUGGUGCUUCUCUUCCACACAAGGCCUCGGACGGGACGGCCGCUGCCUGCUCUCUGGGGUUCCAGUCGCAGCGGAGCAAAGAUGUGGGGAUAUCGGAAACAAACCCUUUCUUGAACAAGAGGCAACUCGAAGGCCUCGGCGGCGCCAAGGGAGAAGACCUCAGCCGGGCAGGAGUCAAAAGCAAAGACAUGAGUGAAAUGAGCAUUCGUGCGGGGGGUUCUUCAGAGAAAAACUCUUUGCAGCAUAACGGAAAGGUCGGCAAAGGAAGGGACCGAGACGUGGAGUUCAAAAACGGCCAUAACCUUUUCAUUUCUGCUGCUGUUUCAUCUGGUGGCCUUCUGAAUGGGAAAAGCCUUUCUACUGCUGUUUCUUCAGCAGGCAACCCAGCAUCGUCUGUGCAGACGCACCAUCCCUUCCUCAACACUUUGACCACUGGAUCGCAGUUCCCCCUCGGCCCCAUGGCCUUGCAAGCCAACCUCAACUCGGUGACAAACUCCUCAGUAUUGCAGUCCUUAUUUAAUUCCAUGCCAGCUGCUGCCAGUCUGGUCCACGUGUCGUCAGCUGCAACCAGACUGACUAAUUCUCACACUAUGGGGAACUUCUCUCCUGGGGUUACAGGUGGAACAGUUGGAGGUAUUUUUAACCAUGCGGUGCCUUCUGCCUCCUCUCCUCAUCAGUUUGGAGCCAGUUUCAGCAGCAGUGCUGUCUCUAGCAGCACAGUGCUAAGCUUAAACCCCCUGCAGGCUGUUGCCAGCACCUCAUCCUCAUCCUUCCCACCCCCCUCCUCUAAUUUAGUAACAUCUAGCGAGAAUAGAGCCGCUCAGCACCUCAACAGAGCGCCAGUGCAAUCUGUUUUCCAUCCCCCUCCGCCCCCUCCUAACGUUUCCUUGCCCCCACCCCCCUCUCUGCUCGCUUCUAACCCCGACCUCCUGCACAGCCCAUCCAUCCCACCCGGCGACGCUUUCCUGCCAUCCUCUUCCGCCGCUUCUGUCCACUCUAACACCGCUUUGUCUAUCAAGCUCGCUUCCCUGCAGCACAAAGCCUCCCGCCCCUCCUUUACCGUCCACCACCCCCCCCUGCCCCGCUCGGCGCUGGCACAGUCCGUGCCCCCGAUGGCGCAGCCCACGGCCGCCGGCGCGCCCGCCAUGUGGGUCACGCUUGGCAUGCAGCCUCCUUCCGCUUCGCACCUUUCUGGGGUUAAGCCGCGAUAAAGAGCUUGCUUAGCUAACGGUUCUUAUGUUGUAAGGUAAGGCUAGAGACGAACCCCAGGAGUGGUGUGCGAGAUGCUGAGUGAUGCUUCUUCCUCUGCAGAGAGGGGUGGGCACGGGCUGUGAAACAGAAACCUCUGAAAUGUGGGGUAAUGCGGUGGCAGAGGGCAGAGAGCUCCGUGCUGCCUGGCCUGGGAGUCAGGAUUUCUCGACAAGGAGUGCUGACUCUGCUGUCUCAUUGACACUGGGGUUACGUUCAGGUCGGGAUCGCUCCUUGCAGGCGUUUACUUCUGAGAAUCAGCAGUCAGGAGGAGUGUCUUUCUAUGUUAUGGUUUUUAUAUGAGUAUCAGCAGUGGUUCCCCCCCAGCACAGGGCAGGGAAGUGGAAGUGGAUGAUCUUUAAGGUCCCCUGCAACCUAAGCCAUCCUAUGAUUCUAAUGCAGACAUUGCUCCUUCCACAAGUCUGUGCUCCCGUGGCGCUGGGGUGCGUGAUGCUGCUCCCAACCUCAGCCAACAACAGCUGCUCAAUAACCAGAAAGUUCCAAACCCUCCAGGUCCCAAGCUGCAGCUUCAGAUUGCAAAUGCACUGCUGGUGCACUGCAGUCAGCACACCCUCUGCAUCCCUGAGAAACAGCCACGGGUAGCAAAGAAGGGUUAGAAUUUGCAGCAGAGAAGAGGAAACCAAGAAGGCAAGCUGAGCACUGCAGCUCAGUACGCACACAGUGACAGUCUCCAUCAGUGCUUUGUUAUAGAAUCAUAGAAUUGCUCACUUGGCAAUUGCUCACUCCCUGCGUAGACUGUAGGGAAUGUGCAGGGUUAGCAGCUCCGUGCUGGGGCUGUAGGAGAGAGGAGGGUCUCUGGAGGCUGUAUGCAUUUCUACUGAAGCACUGUUUAAAUGCCUUUAGAAUAAAGCGCACCGGCACGGAGUUGGGCACUGUUAUGAAAAAUGCUCUGUGGCAUCGUGAUGUAACAGCUCGGGAUUGCAGAGCUCCAGCAGUGUGAGGGCCCUGAGCUCGCUCCGUGCUUCUGCUGUAGGCCGUUGAUGUUGUUGCUGUUCACUGAUCCCAAAGCUGCGUUAAAAUGGAUGGUUGAAUACUCUUUGCUUAUAAAACAUAUGCCUCAAUUACAACAUCCCUGAGAGAUUCUUUUGGCUGUGCAUUCUGUGUAGCGCCUUCACCACCACAUUGCUGGGUGGGCACAAAUGCAGUCCCCGUAGGCGUUGGUGAGGCAGGUAAGUGCCACCUCGGCCCCACAGAGCAGGGAGGCCGAGGAAGAGUUUGACAUCCCUGUGCUGUGGCCGCAGUGACACUGAUGUGCUGAUGGGGUGGGCUGAGUAGGAGAGAGCUGGGAGAGGAGGAGGAGGAGGUUUGGGGCUCUGUGUGCCUGAGUGACUCCGGGGAGUGGUGGGAAGGUCUUCUGCUGAAGGAGGUGCCUUAAGUGGGACUGGGGUGUUGCUGAACCAGCUGCCAUCCCAUCGGGUGUGCCACGCCAUCUCAUGGGGUGCAUCUGUUGGGCAAAGCAGCAUGUGGAUGAAGUCCACUGAAAGACAGCCGGGUGUCCGGAGGUGUUCUGAGGAGCAGAGCUGCAGAAGCAGUGCUCCCAGGAGGUGCUCUGUGGCACACAUGUGCUGCUCCAUAUGACGCAGGUCAAAUAUUUGAGUGUUUUCCCCAACUUCAUUAUAAAUCCGUGUGCUCAGAGCCCUUGCUGGAAUCCAGAGUUGAGGGGCUGAAAUAAUCCGCUUAACUUCUCCUCCAUAAGGUAUUAACAACUUCAGAGCAGAUCAGUGUGUGCUAGAAGUGGGUGAAGCCCCCCAUGGGCAAGCAGAGACCUUCCUCCCCCCCCCAGUGGGGUCCGACCCUCGGGGGGCCUCCUCCUGUCUGCCUGUGGUUGGGUCAACGCUGUUGGGUCAACUCUUCUUCCUUUGCUGUCUGAAGGUCUCGAAUCUCGGUCCGGUCGCGGUCUCGGAGCAAUGUAGAAAUGAUUGACACAUCUGACACGCUGUGGAUUUUGUCAUUGAGAUGAGUCUCUUCCUCUCCUGUUGUGCAGGUAACUAGGAUUUCUACCUCAACCCAAUGUGACCUAUGCAAGGACAACGUGGACCAACUUCACUCGGCUUCCACUGAAAGGUGCUCACUGGCCUGUGCAGGGGUUCUGCUCUUACUACUGGACAAAACACAAACCUAAAAAGACCUAAACAACAGAGAAAAUAAUAUUUACUGUGAAUCUGAGUUUAAAGGAAAAAAAAAAAAAAAGAAAAAAGGAAGAAAAAAAAAAAGCAAAAGAAAUACUUAAGGCUCCAGUUUGUAUUGUUGAUAGUUUAGGUAAAGUAUUUAUCUUUUUUAACGUGAAAAUAAUUUUGACUUAUUUUAUUCCACCUAGAGUCAUAAAUACAACUUGUGGUUAAAUUCUCUGAAUAACUAAGGACUGGCACACCAGCAGAGAUGUAAAGAGCCUCUUCUCGGUGCUAUUUCAUCCGUCAGAACUGUGCCUCUAGUUUGAUCCUUGGUGCUGAAUUUGGAGGGUUGACCAAUGCCAAACCCAGUUCUCAGACAGGUCUGCUUUUAUUUAUUCACCUUCCUCUGUUCAUAUCCCAAAAUCCACUUGGUUUACAGCCACGUGUGCUGCGGCGGUCUUUCACUUGGCGGUUUGCUCCGAGAACCGAGCCACUGGGUGGGUUUUAAUUGCAUUUGGACAAAUGAGAGCUCGUGCUCCCCUCUGGAGUUGCAGCUGGAUCCCCAGGCAGCUCGGUUGAGCAGGAGGGAUCAGAGUCCUGCCCCAUCCCACCGCACCGGGCCGUCCGCAGGCUGUGGAUUUCGGUAGCUGGUCUGGUCCCUUUGGGAUGUCAUUGGCAUAUGAACAGGGUGUGUGAUCACUGGGAUUGGUCAGGCCCUCGAGACGACAUUGGGAAGACUGAACAUAGUGCUUCUGUACCGGUGCAGGUAGAAUUUUUCAGCUCGUUUUCAUUCUGAGUACAAUGUAUUUUGUUGGUAGAGUUUUGAUACUUGAUUCAGAAAUGGCUUAGACGUCUACUAAGUGCAUUUUGCUUUUUGUAUUUCUUUGCUUUAAGUGGAUCUGGAUGGUCGUUCACAACACCGCCAUCUCGCUCACCGCAUUGCCCCCGGUGCAAGUGGUGCAUUGAACUGGUGCAUUUUGUUGUAUUGUGACUCGGUGUUCUGUGUACAGAAAGAGCCGCUCGGAGCAGCGGCUGUAUUUUAUAGAGAUGUGAUGAAAAUUUAUAAAUUUCAUAUACUUUAUUUCCUUUAUUUUUAGACUGUACAGUGCACAGUAAACGUGUAAAAACUUAUUUAUUCAAGUGCACAAAAUGAGGAGAGAAAGAUGACCCAUUAUGUAGACAUCGCCCAGUCUGUAGGUCAGACUGGACCCAGCACCAAUCAAGGAAACUACAGUCAAAGAAGGGGAAUUGCAACAGCAGAAUGACGGGAAGAGAAGCACGUUGAGGUGUUGGGGACAUCUGCCCAGGUGCUCAGAUUCAGUAGGGUGCCCCGGGGCCACGACAAGCCGGGCUGGGUGCCAUGGCUUCCAGCUGCCUCUGUAUGUGAGAUGGCUCUGUCCUUGCGUGCUCUCCUCGAGGAGCAGUUCCCUGACGGCUUCCACCCUCUGCAGGUUCCAUGUAGACCUUUUUCUUUGUACCUCAUCCCCUUUUCUUCGUACCUCAUCCUCUGCAAUCUUAGAGAUUCAGCUCAGCAUGUGGUUAUUUGUUGGUCCCGAUGUGUGUCUUCCAUAGGCGGCCAUUGUGUGCAGAAAUUUUUGAUGUGAUGUUGUUGUCUCGUUCAUUGAGAAGGGAAGUGGUUGGUAGCCCUGGAAAGGAGGGACUUUGGGGAACUGUCUUCUGCUUUGUGUGUGGGAGAGGACGUGGCAGCAGAGCGCCCUGCUGAAUUACAGCUGCAAGGGGAGAACCUGGAGAAGGGCGAAAACGCACAGAGGGCGAUGGCUGAGAAACAUCCGUAGCUUCUAGUAGGAGCUGUACAGAGUUUAUGUCCUGGAAUCCAGGAGGACAGUGUAACCCAGAUGUGUUGCAGCUGGGAGUUGGGCAGCCCCGUCUUCAUCCACAGCUGUGGGCUGCUGCGAGCUGCAGAGCUGCCCCACAUCCUUCCCAGCACUGCGCUCCGGUCCUGGGAGGUGGGGAUGGGCAUGAGCAAUGGCUGGAGAGGCAGGAGCCUUAAUUGUGUUCCCCCAUUUUUAUCCCUGUAGUCCUUCUGCUUUUUGCAGAUCCUUUUCAGAAAAUGGACCAAGUCAGAGUUCUGUAGGCCUCUUGUUCCCCUACCUUCAUCCCAAACCAUGAAGACGUGUGCCCAUGGGGUGGUUGUAAUGAGCUCCUGCGUGCCAGCAUGGUGCAUGUCAUCAUGCCGAUCCCUGCUGGGAGUGCCAUGUAAACCACUGAGCAGUGUGAGAUGGGAAGCUAGGUGCAUAGGGCUGAAGUCCCAGUGUCACUUCAUUGGGGAGAGGUCACUGUGGUUGCUAUGAGAUCUGCAUUGUCUUCCCCACGUCCCCAUCUUUUUUGCUGCUUGGCCAUAACCUGGAGUGAAUCCAACCCAUUUCUCUCCUGUCUGCAGAAUGGGGACAGCAUUAGCUGGUUAUAGGGCUGCUGGAGUAGCAGCUCCUGGAGUUGUUCAGAUCUGAUCCAUAUGGCUGCAAUGAGACACACACGACUGCAACUGCUGUGCCAGAGAUCUGAAACCUGUUUUCAAUAGUUGGAGAUAAUUGUGAGUAACCGAAGCUGUGCAGUCGGUUCCAAAAAAGAAUUCCUUCUCCGUUACUGCUUCCUGCCCGGGUGCAGCCGUUGGAUGGCUGUUACAAAUGUUCCUUCUCCUCCGCACCACUGCUGCCAGCAAGGGGCAAGUCAGGAAGCCGGAAUCCAUCAGGCAGUGGACGUUGGCCAGAAAGAAAGGACCUUCCUGAGCACUGUGCAGCACAGUGUCAACCUUGGGACGGACCGUGCAUGCUCUGCCUUUUGGGGGGUUGUAGGAUUGAGCUGCCUCAUGUUUUUGGGUGCAGGGCUGUUCCCUUCAGUGCACUGGACAACCAUGGUGAUAGGAAAGAUCUUUGUCUUUCUUCAGUCAGAGCUCCAUCUCCCACUGGUUCCUGCUGCAAUGCUUUGUGGGUCAGGAGCCAUCAGGUCCCCAGACUCAGUCAUGAAGUUAGGAAAGGACCUCUCAGAUCAUCCAGUCCAGCUGUCCACUUAUCAUCAAUACUGCUCACCAACCGUGUCCCUCAGUGCCACAUCACUGUUCCCCAACACCUCUGGGGACAGUGACCUCCCUGCCCCAGGCAGCCUGUGCCAGUGCCUGACCACUCUUCUGGAGAAGAAGUUUUUCCUCAUCUCCAACCUAUCCCUCCUCAGCCUGAAAUCACCCAACUGUUGCUAUAGCCACUCACUUUGAGUUGAGAUUUCUUUCUAAUUAUGCUUUAAUCAAACUUCAGUGAGUGACUUCCAGGCGAGCUCAGCGGAGCUCCAUAGGCUCUUCCAUCGCAUCUCCAGUGUUUCUGGCCAGAGCAGUGCUGCAGGCUGGGGUCCAGGUGGGCAGUUUCCUUCUGAAAGUUGUUUGCAGCUGCAUAGCACUGAGGAUGGGGUGGGAUCUGGACAGUCGUUUCGCUGCAGGAGGUGAACAGGAGGGCUGCGAGCUGAUGGUCCCAUUUGGCUGCACUGAUAAAUCCCAAUGGCCACACACAGCGGUGGGUUUCCAGUCACAGAAUCACCAGGGUUGGAAAAGACCUCCAAGAUCAUCCUGUCCAACCAUCCACCUGCAACCCGCGCCCUGCUGUUGCUGAGCUGCCCCUCUCCAGGUCUGCAUCCCGAUGUCAGUUCCACGAUCUGCCUGGUUGGGUUUUUGUGUUGGAAUUGGUGCUUUUCCUGCAGGAAACGUACAGAUUCUGGGUUAUUUUUUCUCCGAAGGAGUUACCCCAGCUUGCUGGGAGGUUCCCCGAGUUCUGCUCUCAGUGCGUUGCCUGAGCCAGGAGGAAGAAGAGGAGGAGGAGGAGGUGGAGCUCCCCGUGAGGAUCUCUAUUAGUGUGCAGAGGAUGGCAAACCAACAAGGAUGGGUUGCGCAGGAAAGGAGGCGAUGUCCUUGUGAGCCAGCUCUGUAGCACAGAGGCAGAACCACAAGAGUAGGGCUUUUUUUUUUUUUUUUUUUUUUGGAAGUGCAGAUGUUGGUGUACGAAUAUCUGAGGUCUUGGGGCUGUUUUUUCUUCCUUUAUUUGCUCUGACGUCUCCGUAUCGGGUUCUCACCAUAAGAUGGAUUCCCAGUGUGUAGGAUGGUGGUGUGCCGUAUUUUCUUCAUCCUUUCACCUUAGAAACACCCACUGAGACAGAAUGGUGCAGUAAGAGGUGACGCUACUGUGAACUUCAGGGUUUAACCCCAAGGCCAAAAAUGGGAAACACAUACUGGAAAUAUCCCUCCGGCGCAUCUGCUGUUUGCAUCCUUGUGCAGAGGUCCCUUCGAUCUUCAUCCUUCAGAAACAAAACCCCUUCGUGCAGCUCUGGGUUUUGUAGCGCUGACCCCGAAGUUCUCAGCUUUGGGAUUUAGUGUUGUUUUAAGGUACAGCUGUUGCUUUCUUCUGGCGCGGUUGGCUCGUUAGCGAGGUCUUCUUGCUGUGGUUAACGAGGAAGAGGAGGAUGGGUUGGUCCAUCCCGCGUGGCUCCUGGAACCUAUUGAUCCUCCAAGCGAUCAAUCUCCAAUUAAAACCAACUCGUUGGGUCUCUUUGCACCCUCCAUAGGAGCCGGGUGGGACGCAGCGGGUCAUGAGGUUGCUGUUGCUCAGGAAUUGAUUAGCAAACCUUUAACUACUACUAACGAUCCAUUUUCCAUGGAUCUAAAACCACAACCACCACGUGUUUUCUUAGAGCAGCGAUACGGGAUGUUUCCUAGGGAAUAGGGAUUAGUUUAUAUAAUUUAGCCGAUUAAACCCAAUUAUUUAAAACUCAAACUUCCCCUAAUUUAUCUUUUUUUUGUUGUCGUUUUAUUUUACACCGGUAAGUUGUCCCAUCAUUCCUUCCAUCCUUCCAUAGAAGUAGUGCAAAUUCUGGUGUGUAUAUAUGUACGUAUAAUAUAUAUAUCCCCGCCCGCCUUUCUAACUCCCUGCACUGUUAGUUUUUUUUUUUUCCUCCCCUCAAUUAAUUUCUUGUGUCUCUCCCUUGAUUUGUAAUGGAAACAAAUGCUUUGAAGUUUUGUCUUUAUAUUAAAGUGUACGUAUUUUAAUACA